AUGCUGUUCCCUCUUCCUAAUUUCCGGUUGCUUUGCUGUUCCCUCCCACUUCCGUGUUCCCAACUCUUUCCAGCCCCACUGGGAUGGCUGAGGACCCCCACUGGGAUGCCUGAGCACGUGUUUCGCACGCAUCGCCUAGAGAGGAGCCCGGAAUUCGGGAGGCAUGGGCCAGGGAUCAGUCCAGAAAUUGGGACGCGUGGUGAAGGGCGUGGAUAUGGAGCAUCAGCAGAGGGCGAGUCUGGGCCGGGCUGGGCGCACGGGCAGGGCGUGAAGGGUAUUGGUGGGGAGGGAGUGGCGGGUGUGGGGGGAACUGGGCGGGCAGGCAGUGGCGUGGGGGCAGUGGAGCGGGCACUGGCAAAGAUAGAAAAGGAAGGUGCGCCUGCAAAGGAAAGUGCCCUUGCAGGGGAAGGAGCGCCCGCAGGGGAAUGUGGGGGGAUGAUGGGGGGAGGUGAGAUGAGAGGGCGUGAGAUGAAAGGGCGUGGGAUUAGGGACGUUGGGACAGAGGAGCGUGGGAUGGGUGGUACUGGGUUGGGAGGGAUUGGGAUGUGUCAGACCAUGGGUGGAGGGCCUUUUGAGCAUGGCAGGGAGAGGGCGAGGGAGGUGGCGGAGGAAGGGGAGGGUGUGCUAAAAGGCGGGUAUGGGCAGGUGAAGGUUGGUGCGGGGAAGGCUGCGGAGGGGGCUGAAGGGAUGGUGACUAAAACGGGCGAGCAGGGGGUGAGGCUGGGGGAGGGUGUGAUUGAAACGGGGGAGAGUAUGGCGAAAUUGGGUCUGAGUGCUGCUGAGCGUGCUGCAGAGACAGGUGUGGGUGUGGCCAAGGGGGUUGCGGGUACAGGGUUUAGGGUUGCUGAAAGCGCGUUUGAAACUGGGAAGGAGUUAGGGGAGAGGGCUUUGGAGGCAGGGAAGGAAGUGGGGGGGAGAGUGGCGGAGACGGCAGGGAGGUGGGUUCCUGGAGUGCCGUUUGGGGAGCAGGGGGAGGAGAGGACGGGAGAGGCGUUUGAGAGGGGGAGGGAGACUGCAAGGCGAGUGGGAGAGAGGGUGGAAGAGGGGGUGAAGGGGGUGGUUGGGAUCGGGGUUAGGACUGCUGAAUCUGCUGGGCGAUGGGUGACUGGUGUGGGAAGACCGGGUGUGAGUGAAGAGGAAGGGAGAGGUGGUGUGAGUGGAGGGAAAGGUGGUGUGAGUGAGAUGGGUGGGGCUGGUGGGGUGGGGCAGGAGGAGGGAGCAUAUGAGAGGGGUAAAGAGGCUUUGACGGGAGGGCUGGGGCAGGUGGAGGGGCAGGUGAGGGGUGUAGCGGGCAUGGGCACUGCUGGUGGGGUUGCUGGUGGGGAGAAUGGGUGGGGAGGGGCAGGUGAGCGAGGUGAGCAAGCCGAGCGUGAAAUGCGGGCUAAGGAGCGAGAACUUCGUCAAUCUGGUCGCCCAGAAAUGAUUGCGACCGAAGGGAAAGACACCCUCCCGCGGAAAGCCUACGAAGCAGCACGGGAGGGGGCGGAGAUUACGAGGCAGCAAGCAGGGGAGAUGGCUGGUCAGGCAGGGGAGGUGGCUGGUCGUGUGCCGGAGAAAGGGAAGGAGCUGGGGGAAAAGGCGAUGGAAGUGGUGCAGGAGGCAGGGCAGGUGGGUAUGCAGCAGGCUAAGGAAGCGGGCUUGGUUGCCAGUCAGGUGAUUCGUCAGGCGUACCGCAAGUGGAUGGGUGCAGUGGAGGAGGAGGGCGAGGAGGAGGAAGAGGAGGGGAAAGGAGUGGGAAUGGGAGGUGGGGGAUCGGCAGGAGAGGGAGGAGCUGCUAUGGAGGGAGUGACAGGAACGCUUGCAGCUGGGUAUCGCCAGGCGAAGCAGGCGGCUCAAGCAGGGCUGGAGACAGGGCAGCAGCUAGCUGGUGGAGCUGUGCAGCAGGCGAAGCACCUCGCUGCCCCUGUAAUUCCAGGCCUUGAAUCCUCCACAACUUAUGAGCAACGUCCGGGGGUGCAAACUCGUGCACCAGCUGCUGGUGGUGCUGGUCCUGGUGGUGCUGGUGGUGCGGGUGUUGGGGGUGAGGGGGGAGUGGUGGAGCGAGGGGGAAAGGCGUAUGAGGCAGGAAAGGAGUACGUGAAACGGACCCUUGGAGGGAUUGCGGGAGGAACAGGGAGGGGGACGGGAGCAGAAGCAGGCGAAAUGACCGGCACUGGCAUGCAGGUGUAUCGCCAGGCGAGGGAUGUGGCACAAGCGGGGCUGGAGUCAGGGCAGCAGCUGGCAGGUGGGGCGGUGCAGCAGGCGAAGCACUUCGUUGCUCCCAUCCUCCCGGGUGUGGGUGGGGCAAGUGGCACGAGUGAAGGCACUGGUGUGGCUGGUGUGUUGGGGCAAAAGGAGCGUGAGAGGCGGGAGGCAUCAGCGUAUGAAGCAGGGAAGGAGCGCGUGAAAAGCGCUCUGGAGGGGAUUGCAGGAGGGACGAGGAGUGGGACAGGAGUGGGAGCACGAGUGGCAGGCACAGGGGCGAGUGGUACUCCUGGUCGCACGGAGGGAGGGAGUGAAAUGCUGGGUAUGGAAUCUGGAGGGUUUGCUGGGUCAAUCCCUGGUGCGGGGCUUGUGACGGGUGUUGCUGACGUGGCACGGCGGGCUGUGGGGACCACAGCUGACACGGCGAGAGGCGUGGCAGGAACAGUAGGAGAUACGGCAAGCAGGACGGUGGGGGCAACAACUGAGACUGCUAGAGGUGUGGUUGGGAAGAUGGUGGGGAUGGGGGAGGAGGUGGCUGGGAGGGGGUAUGGAGCGGUUGAGGGGACGGUUGGAGGGGUGGUGCAGGGUGUGAAGAGAAUGACUGGGCUGGGUGGGGAAGGCGGAGAGGUGGAGGGGGAAUUUGGGAGGGAGGCAGGGGAGGAGAGGGCAAGGGAAGCUGGGAAAGGGCAUGGAACGCUUGGGAGGAGUGUGGGAGGGGUGGUGGAAGGUGUGAAGCAAAUGACUGGGCUGGGUGGGAAGGAGGGAGGGGGAAUGGAAACCCUUGAAGGGAAGGAGGGAAAGGAGAAGAUGGAGCAGAUGGAACGAGAGAGGGAGGAGGAGAGUGCGCGGGAGAGGGGCAGGAAGCAGGCGUAUGCGGCUCUGCACGGUGCAGAGGAGUGGGUGGAGGGGACAGUGAGUCGUGUGACCGGGGUGCUGACAGGGGGAUUGUUGGGAGGGAAGGGACAUGGGGAGAAGGCAGCAGGGGUUGGUGCAGUUGGUGGUGAGGAGAUGAGGGAGAGGGAAGGUGGGGAGGGAAUGGGGGAGAAGAUGCGGGGAUUGGUGCAGGGCGGAGGGAUUGGGGGAGGUAUGGGUGAACGCAUGGGGGAAGGUGUUGGUGGUGGGGCAAGUGCGGCAACAGGGGAAGGGGUGAGGGUAGGAGAAGUUUCUGGGAAGCCUGUGGAGGCGAGCAAGGGAAUUUUGGGCAGUGCAGUAGGCGUGGUGCAGAGUGUGGUUGGUGGCACUGCUGACGUGGCAAAGCAUGCUGCUGAGUCAGCACUGGGAGCUACCAAGGCUGUGGGAGGAGCGGUGGUGGGGGCAGGAGGGAGUGCGCUGGGAAUGGGUCGCAGAGGGGUGCAGCAGGGUGUUGAAGGGGUGGGGAGUGGUCUUGAGUAUGGGAGAGAGAGCCUGGAAAAGGGGUAUGAGGGAGCAAAGCACCUGGUGGGGCUGGGAGGGACGCAGGGCGAGGAGAGGGUGGGAAGAGCUGGUGAGACAAUGGGCAAGCGGAUGGGUGAGGGCGAGAGUGAGGGGAUGGGCGUAGGGAUGGGGGAGAUGAUGGGAGGGAGGGGAGGGAGGGGAGGGGUGAUGGAGGAGGAGACUUCUGCCGAGAAGGGCAGGCAUGCUGUACUGGGGGAAGGUGGCAGCAGUGGGGCGGCCGGAAGCAGUGGAGGAGGCAGCACGCCCAGUCAUGGAGCCAGGCGCGUGAGGGUCAUGGUGGUCUGCUACAGGGCUUCUGGACAACCGACGCCAAGUAUGACGGAAGCGGAUCUCACGGAGCCCUCAAUCGACCAGCCGUCAAUAAACCAGCCAUCAAUGGACGAACCGUCAAUUCUAGACUGUCCGUCAAUGGGCGAGUCGCGUAAGCUUUCCAGACGUUCGCAAUCGUUAGGUAGCGCAAUGAGCGGCGAGCGGACGGCCAUGGCGCAGUGUCCACCGAACGCGGAGGCAACCGUGCCGACUGGGUUCCGCCAUCGCUCCCUUUCUGCAAGUUCUCGCGGCUUUCCCGCCAUUCGAAUUGUCAUCCCCGCCGCUGACGACGACGACGCAUGCGACGACACGCGGUGCGAUGACACGCCGUGCGACGUCACGCGGUGCGACAACACGCCGUGCGACGACACGCGGUGCGACGACACGACGAGCGACGACCCGCGCGACCGAGCGUGCGGUGAUGGCGUGGCGCCGCAUUUCCCCGUUCAAGCCGUCCCCUUUCCCACGCCACGUGUCAACUCUGUAGAGGUUGACCGCUUGUGGGAAGUCCACGUGUCGCCAUCUGAAUCGAAAACUGCGAAAGAGACGAAAAUAUGGCGCAGGGAACGACAAGGGGAGCCGGAGAGAAGGGAGAAGCAGAAAGCGCGGAAUGCGGACGGUGCCCGCGCGCCGAAGCAGUCUCCGCUGGGUUCCGCCAGCGGCUUUGCGCGCAUGCUGCUGCACUGGGCGCCUUCGUCGGCGCGCAGCAGCCGCCGCAAGAAACGCGGCGAUUCUGCGGCUUUUGGCUCUCCGGCGCCCCGGUCCCAAAGCGUUGUCCAAUCAUCGCAAAGUCAGCGCGUUGCUAACGUCAGCUCGGAGCUCAACCCUGACACGUCAUUUCGCGCGUCGGAAUCAGGUAUCGCGACAGCGUCCGCGCGGGAACGGGCGGCACCUUUCGCGAUUCGUCCGGGGGCUGCACAAGCAGAGGAGCCGCCGCGCGGGUUUUCCGCCCGUCCGAGCACGGCGCCGAGCGGAAUCUUCAGCCGUUGGCGCUCCGCCGCGCCGCUUUCCCGCCCAAAAUCUCCGCUGUUCGGCCUGACGUACAUGGGGGGUUCGGCACGACGGGGAGUAAGCGACGCGUUACCCGAAGGGAACGAGCUGUGCAAUCCCAGCGAUGCAGCGGCAUCGGCGGACACGGAUAACGGAGCAGCUUAUAACGGAGACAGGCUCCGCUCGAUAUUUGCUAUGGGGACGAGCUUUUCCGCGGCUAGUGAGAGACCGUGGAGCGGCGGAGGGUGGGACGCGGCGGACGGGGCGUGGCGGACGGGGGCCGGCGGAGGAUGGGGCGUGGCGGACGGGGUCGGGGAAAGCGUUUCGGAGCGCGGGGACGCGGAUAGGGAGGAUAUAGAACGGCGCAUUUCGUACAGUAGCAGCAUUGCUGGCGCGGCUGGUAGUGUAGUUAGCAGCAGCACUGCGGCUUAUACCGAAGUUGCUUAUAGCGAGUCGCUCAUCAUCCAGCAUACGGAUCGCGACACGGACUGCGAGAGCGUGACGUCAGCGUCUAGCUGCAGCGGGUACGACGCGCUUGCAUGGGGAGGGAGCGCGCCGAUGGGCGGAGGAAAUGCGCCAAUGGCUGGGGGGAUCGCAGUAAUUGGCGGAGGGAACGCGCUGGCGGGCGACGAAAGCGCGCUAACGGGGGGGAGAAAUGCGCAGCUGGGGGAAACUCUUGCGGACGGGGCCAGCGGAGAUUUCGCAACCCUCUGGCGGAGCCUGCCCCGCGACCUGCGCCGCACGCGGUCGCUGCAGAGCCCGCGGGGUUAUCCCGGGGGUAACGCGGGGGGAGGUUUUGAAGGGGAAUCAAGGGGGAAUGGCGGACACUUGACGGCUGGUAACAGUAGGCCCGCGGAAGGCGAGAAUCAGGGCAGCUACAUUCGACAGGGCAGCAUGCGACGAGUGGGUAGCGCAGAAAUGUUACCAGCUGUAGCGCAUGGGUUAUUCGCAGCAGCUGUAGCAGGCGCAGCUAGCGAAGGCCCGCUUACCCCCUCCGCGCGCACACCCGCGGAUCUCCCCCCCACGUCCCCGCGGUCUGCGGGCGGCGCCGCGUGGGUGGUGAGCGUGCCGUCGUUCGCGCAGCACCGCCUGCGCGUCGCGUCCGCAGAGAGGGCCGCGCGCGGAGAGGGCGAGGGGCGGGGAGGGGGCGAGGGGCGCGGGGAAGACGCGCACUCACAGGACCAGCAGCAGCAGCAGCAGGAAGAGCAGGAACGGCAGGUUCAACUGCAGGAUUGGGAGCGGCAGCAGGAGAGGCAGCUGUUGGCUAGGGCGCACAGGCAGACACGCAGCCUGCAUUCGGGUGACAUGGAGAAGAUUCGGCUGGAGCACUCAACUGUACCACACCCAAGCGUGCCACACUCACAAGACCAGCAGCAGCAGCAGCAGCAGCUGUCGAGAAUGCACAGGCGGACACGCAGCCUGCAUUCAGGCGAAAUGGAGAAAAUCCAACUGGAGCAGAUCGGCGAGCUCACCAUCCCCUCGUUCCAGCAGCACAUGGGCGAGGAGGAUUCUGCGCAACGCCUCUCCCGCCCCUCCCCAUCUGCGACUCUCUUCUCGCCCUCGCUUCACCCCCGCCUCAGCCCCCGCUCGACCCGCCCGCCUCCCAUUUCUCCCAGAGCCGCUGUUGGACCCCCGUCAGUGCUGCACCCAACCGUGCCGCUCCGAGCCGUGGCACACCCAACCCCACCGCACUCACAGGAUCAGCAGCAGCAGCGGCUGCUGCCGAGGGCGCACAGGCGAACGCGCAGCCUGCAUUCGGGUGACAAGGAGUGGAUGAGGCUGGAGCAGAUUGAUGAGUUCACCAUUCCCUCUUUCCAUAACCACUCGCCCUCCUCUCUCCGCCACGCCCUCCCCUCCCCAUCCUCGCAGCUCCUUCCCCCCUCCCCGUCCGCGCUCCUCCGCUUCCCCUCGCUGCAAUCUCGCCUCCGCUCCCCCCGCUCGCCCCGCCUGCCUCCCCUUUCUCCCAGGGUGCCGGCUGGACGCCCUUCAUUGCCGCACUCAACCGCACAGCACCCAACUGCACCGCACCCAUCAGCCAAGUCCCGAUACCCCAAAGCACAGAGCCUGACCUCACCUUCCCCUCCCUCGUCCUCCUCCAUUCGUGUUUCCCCUCCCCAGUUGCCGCAUCGGCCACCCGUGUAUUUCCCAUCUGGCACAUUUGGCUCGGGACCUGCCAGGUGCACUCGCAGCAGCUUUGAGGCGCCUCAGAAGCCACCCGUUAGUUCCCCAUCGUGUAAUGCGGGACACGGCAGGAGCUUUCGAAGCAACUUUGAGUUGCCGCUGCCUAAGGGAGGGCAUUCUCUCAAUGUAUUUGCCGCAACAGCCUGUGAAGGCCGAGAAAUUCUUGCAGUAGAUGGGCGGGGUGUGUUUACGGCUUUUGAGACAGCCAAAAAAGCAGCAGCUGCGUGUGGUGCUGAAGCUUAUUCUGAAGGAGGAAAAAGGGGUAGAUUCAGGAGUACCACUUUAGAGGCGUCUCUAAAAUCGAGUACACCCAGGCAGCCGUUUCGACGGUGCAGAUCGCUCGGUGCAGGAGUUGGGGAUUCCAGCUUUGGCAGAAGCGAGUGUGACUACAGUGACGCUUCUGCUUACAGUCACGGGCAGGUUGACAGUAAGCUGUGUCACAACAGCAUGGGCAAUGACGGUGGUGCCGGUACUCCUCAGGACUGCUUUUCAGGACAGACAAUGGAAAGUUUUCGUCAGGAUGCUGGUGUUCAGGCCGGUGCAAUGCGGUGCAUGGUGCCUUCUAUGUCAGUGUCAACGGCAGCACUGCCGCCACCCUUGCCCCUGGGCAGUGCCGCAACUUUUCCACAGGCGGUUACCGCACCACCCGUUGCAGACGUUUCUGAGGCGCCAUAUGUACCGGUGGCACCGGUACACGUGGCGCCACGCGAUUGGGUGGAGGAUUCGUAUUGCCUGUUGAAGGAUGGGGAUGGGGUUGUGGAUCCUUGCGGCCAUGAGUGGAGUGACAGCAAUGAGUGA